AGUGAGCUGAAGACAAUCCUUGGAGAGCUAAAGUACAGGAUUGGCAUCCAGUCGGCGAAAUUACUCCGGCAGCUGAAGCAGAAAGAUAGGCUUCUGCAUAAAGUCCAGAAGAACUGUGACAUCGUGACAGCCUGCUUGCAGGCUGUGUCACAGAAGAGAAGAGUUGAUACAAAAUUGAAGUUCACACUUGAGCCAUCUUUAGGACAAAAUGGUUUUCAGCAGUGGUACGAUGCCCUCAAAGCAGUUGCCAGACUAUCAACAGGGAUCCCAAAGGAAUGGAGGAGAAAGGUUUGGCUGACGUUGGCGGAUCACUACUUGCACAGUAUAGCCAUCGACUGGGACAAAACCAUGCGCUUCACUUUCAAUGAGAGAAGCAAUCCUGAUGACGACUCUAUGGGGAUCCAGAUAGUCAAGGAUCUGCAUCGCACGGGCUGUAGCUCCUACUGCGGCCAGGAGGCUGAGCAGGACAGGGUGGUACUGAAGCGGGUGCUGUUGGCGUACGCCCGUUGGAACAAGAAUGUGGGGUACUGCCAAGGCUUCAACAUCCUAGCUGCUCUGAUUCUGGAAGUGAUGGAAGGCAACGAGGGGGAUGCACUGAAAAUUAUGAUUUACCUGAUCGAUAAGGUACUUCCUGAGAGCUACUUUGUCAAUAACCUUCGGGCACUGUCUGUGGAUAUGGCUGUCUUCAGAGACCUCUUGAGGAUGAAGCUCCCCGAGCUGUCUCAGCACCUCGAUGCCCUUCAGAGAACGGCAAACAAAGAGAGCGGAGGUGGAUAUGAGCCCCCGCUCACCAACGUCUUCACAAUGCAGUGGUUUCUCACUCUCUUCGCCACAUGCCUCCCUAACCACACGGUUUUGAAGAUCUGGGACUCAGUUUUCUUUGAAGGUUCAGAGAUCAUCCUGAGGGUGUCACUGGCCAUCUGGGCAAAACUGGGAGAGCAGAUAGAGUGUUGCGAAACAGCGGAUGAGUUCUACAGCACCAUGGGACGCCUCACCCAGGAGAUGUUGGAGAAUGACCUCCUGCAGAGCCAUGAACUCAUGCAGACGGUUUAUUCGAUGGCUCCAUUCCCUUUCCCACAGUUGGCUGAGUUGAGGGAAAAAUAUACCUACAACAUUACACCAUUCCCAGCCACAGUUAAACCCACUUCCAUUUCUGGGCGACACGGUAAGGCCAAGGAUAGCGAUGAAGAGAAUGACCCAGAUGAUGAGGAUGCUGUUGCUAGUGCUGUGGGGUGUCUCGGACCUUUCAGUGGGCUCCUGGCACCUGAGCUGCAAAAGUACCAAAAGCAGAUUAAAGAAGUGAGUGAGGAACAGAGCCUGAGAUCCAACAACAUUGCGGAGCUGAGCCCAGGAGCGAUCAACUCCUGCCGCAGUGAAUACCAUGCAGCAUUCAACAGUAUGAUGACGGAGCGGAUGACCACAGACAUCAAUGCCCUGAAGCGGCAGUACUCUCGAAUUCAGAAGAAGCAACAGCAGCAGCUCCACCAGGUGUACAUAAGGGCAGACAAAGGACCAGUCACCAGCAUCCUCCCAUCUCAGGUAAACAAUUCUCCAGUGAUUAAUCACCUCCUCCUAGGGAAGAAGAUGAAAAUCACAAACAGAACCACCAAGAACGCAGUCAUCCACAUCCCCGGCCACGCAGGAGGCAAAAUAUCUCCCGUCCCCUACGAAGACCUUAAGACGAAACUCAACUCUCCAUGGCGGACUCACAUCAGAGUCCACAAAAAGAACAUGCCAAGGGCCAAGAGUCACCUGGGCUGUGGGGACACCAUAGGGCUGAUAGAAGAGCAGAACGAAGGCUGCAGGGCUAGCAGCCUGGGGGCAGCCGAAGAGUUUCCCUCCAGUUGUGCAGCGACAGCUCACGGUGAGGGUAGCAGCUGUGAUGGUGGCACUCCGAGGACAAUCGAAGGGCAGUCUCCAGAGCCAGUAUUUGGGGAUGCUGAUGUGGUUGACGUGGCUGCAGUUCAGGUGAAAUUAGAAGCCUUGGAACUGAACCAAAGGGAUGCCCCCGAAGAAACUGAGACCAAGGUGCACCCUCCCUGCCAGCGGCAUGCCCCAGAGUCAGCCGAUGCCCCUGGAGAAAACCAGGCUACCGGCAAACCUCUCCCUGGCAGCAACUCAAAAGCCCCCAUCUUCAGCCCCUUUCCUAGCGUCAAGCCACUUCGAAAGUCAGCCACGGCCAGGAAUUUGGGGUUGUACGGCCCUACAGAAAGAACCCCAACCAUGCACUUUCCUCAGAUAAGCAGGAGCUUCAGCAAGUCGGGCAUUGCAGGCAGCAGCAGCACCAAGAAGCGAUGA